CCCGCCCCGCGCCGCCGCCGCAGCCCCGCCAGACGCAGCGCGGCUCGGAGCGCGCACGGAGCCUCCCGCAGCCGCCGCCAUGGCCCGGAACCGCCGGGACAGGAGCAGCUGGGGUAGUUUUGCAGACAAGGCUUACGAGUGGAGCUCUGAGGAGGAGGAAUCUGUGAGGAAGGCAGGGCCAGUGCAGGUCCUCAUUGUCAAAGAUGACCACUCCUUUGAGCUGGAUGAAGCCGCCCUGAACCGCAUCCUCCUCUCCGAGGCUGUCAGAGAUAAGGAGGUCGUGGCUGUGUCCGUGGCUGGAGCCUUUAGGAAAGGAAAAUCAUUCCUGAUGGACUUCAUGCUGCGGUACAUGUACAAUAAGGAAGCAGUGGACUGGGUUGGGGAUUACAACGAGCCUCUGACUGGUUUCUCCUGGAGGGGCGGCUCCGAGCGGGAGACGACCGGGAUUCAGAUAUGGAGUGAGGUUUUCCUGGUGGACAAGCCCGAUGGCACCAAGGUCGCGGUGCUGCUGAUGGACACGCAGGGCACCUUUGACAGCCAGUCCACCCUCAGGGACUCGGCCACCGUGUUUGCCCUCAGCACCAUGAUCAGCUCCAUCCAGGUUUAUAACUUGUCCCAGAAUGUGCAGGAGGAUGAUCUGCAGCACUUGCAGCUUUUCACCGAGUAUGGCCGGCUGGCCAUGGAGGAGACAUUCCAGAAGCCUUUCCAGUCCCUUAUAUUCCUUGUUCGUGACUGGAGCUUCCCUUAUGAGUUUUCCUAUGGAUCUGAUGGUGGUGCAAGAUUUUUGGAGAAGAGGCUGAAGGUGUCAGGCAAUCAGCAUGAGGAGCUGCAGAAUGUCAGGAAGCAUAUCCAUUCCUGCUUCACCAAAAUCUCCUGCUUCCUCUUACCUCACCCCGGCCUCAAAGUCGCCACCAACCCCAAUUUCGAUGGAAAACUGAAAGAAAUAGACGAUGAGUUCAUCAAGAACUUGAAGAUUUUGAUUCCUUGGCUUCUCAGUCCUGAGAACCUGGACGUUAAGGAGAUCAAUGGAAACCAUAUCACCUGUCGAGGCCUUGUGGAGUAUUUUAAGGCCUACAUAAAGAUCUACCAAGGGGAGGAGUUGCCACACCCCAAGUCGAUGCUGCAGGCCACAGCAGAAGCCAACAAUUUAGCAGCAGUUGCCACUGCCAAAGACACCUACAGCAAGAGGAUGGAAGAGGUGUGUGGAGGGGACAAACCCUUCCUGGCUCCCAGCGACCUGCAGGCCAAGCACGUGGAGCUGAAGGACGAGGCCGUGCGGCUUUUCCGCGGGGUGAAGAAGAUGGGAGGGGAGGAGUUCAGCCGGCGCUACCUGCAGCAGCUGGAGGCCGAGAUCGACGAGCUCUACAUCCAGUACAUCAAACACAACGACAGCAAGAACAUCUUCCACGCCGCCCGCACCCCGGCCACGCUCUUCGUCGUCAUCUUCAUCACCUACGUGCUGGCCGGCGUCACCGGCUUCAUUGGCUUGGACAUCAUAGCCAGCCUGUGCAACAUGAUUCUGGGCUUGACACUUAUCACACUCUGUACCUGGGCUUAUAUCAGAUACUCUGGGGAGUACAGAGAACUGGGCGCAGUAAUAGACCAAGUGGCCGCAGCCUUGUGGGACCAGGGAAGCACCAAUGAGGCCUUGUACAAGCUGUACAGCGCGGCUGCCACCCACAGACACCUGUACCACCACGCCUUUCCUGCGCAGCGAGCCGAGCCCGCCGACGGCGCCGACAGGAAGAAGGUGUAGGGAAUAACCCCACAGGGCACAGUCCCGGCCUGUUCCCAGCCGUGCAUGGCCGAGGCACGGACGUCUCCUCCUCGGAUCGACAUCCUCACCCCGUGUCCAUCCCCGAUCCCGCUGGGAGCAGGCGGAGCGGCCCCGCCGGGGCAGGGCCAGCAUGGAUGUGUCCUGUCCCUGUGUACAUACGGCACUGCCGCAGCCCAGAGCUUUGGUUUGUCAUAGCCAGCGACUCCCAGCUCGUUUAUGAAGCCUUAUUUCCCCCUUCUUAAUUAGUCACCACUGAGGAAACGAUAAUUUACGUGAUACCGCAACUAAAAAGGCUGAAGCUUAUCCAAGAGCCAGUUUAUUUCAGGUACUUGAACAAGUUGUAACAUGUAACCACGGUUUUUUCCUUCGUUUAACUGUUCAAUGACAUAAACAUGAUUAAAAUGUAUUAACUUGCUUUAUCAGACACUGUAAGGGCACUUCUGCUAUGGUCUGUUAACGGUGCUGUGAGGAACGCCGCCGUUGCUGUUUGUCUGCACAAAGUGUCACUUUGUAGCUGUGUUGGAGGAAGUUUCACUGUAUUUCUGUACAUAUUUAUCCAUGAUAGUGCAUAGGACGUGUGGUACAGUUCUAUUCUUUUAUUGUCAGGACUAUUAAAGUUUGCUUCUGGUUCCUAA